AUGUUUGCAGGUAAUGAAACCAUUGCAGGAUUUGAUGAUGAAUUGGCCGCAGCAAUCGCUGCGGAAAAUGUGCGCCAGGAAGAGCACAUUGAAUUAAUAGCCUCGGAAAACUACGCCAGUCCCAGGGUGCUGGAGGCCCAGGGCAGCGUGCUCACCAACAAAUACGCGGAAGGUUAUCCGCACAAACGCUACUACGGUGGCUGUGAGUAUGUUGAUCAGGUGGAAGUGCUGGCCAUCGAUCGUGCAAAAGCAUUGUUUGGCGCGGAUUAUGCCAACGUGCAGCCACAUUCCGGUUCCUCGGCUAACUCGGCGGUGUAUCUUGCGUUGAUGGAAGCGGGUGAUACGGUGCUGGGUAUGAGCCUGGCUGACGGCGGCCAUCUGACGCACGGCGCUUCAGUGAAUUUUUCCGGACGGCUCUACAAUGCGGUGCAGUAUGGAAUUGAUGCCAGCUCGGGUGAAAUGGACUAUGACGCCAUUGCGCGCCUGGCAAAAGAACACAAGCCGAAAAUGCUGAUGGCCGGUUUCUCAGCCUACUCAAGAAUUGUCGACUGGCAGAAGUUUCGCGACAUUGCAGAUGAAGUGGGUGCCUAUCUGGUUGUCGACAUGGCCCAUGUUGCCGGUUUGGUUGCCGCUGGUCUGUAUCCUAAUCCGGUACAGAUAGCAGACGUCACCACCUCAACUACUCACAAAACCUUAGGUGGCCCCAGAGGUGGCAUUAUUCUGGCGAAGUCUAAUCCUGAGAUUGAGAAGAAACUUAACUCUGCACUGUUCCCUGGCAGCCAGGGCGGCCCACUGAUGCAUGUUAUUGCGGGUAAAGCGGUGUGUUUCAAAGAAGCCAUGGGUGAUGAUUUUGUCGCUUAUCAGCGGCAGACGCUGGCCAACGCCAGCACCAUGGCCAGCCAGUUCAUUGAGCGGGGAUAUCGUGUUGUCUCCGGUGGAACCGAUAAUCAUCUGUUCCUCCUCGACCUGGUAGACAAAGACAUCACCGGCAAAGACGCUGACGCCGCGCUGGGUCGUGCCAAUAUCACUGUGAAUAAAAACGCCGUACCUAACGAUCCACGCUCACCCUUUGUUACCAGCGGCCUGCGUAUCGGAUCGCCGGCGGUUACCCGCCGCGGCUUUAAAGAAGCGGAGUGUGCAACCCUCACAGGUUGGAUGUGUGACAUUCUGGAAGAUAUUGACAACGACAAUAUGGUGGGCAGUGUGAAGCAGCAGGUGAUUGACUCCCGCCUGGUGGCUGAUGGUGAUGCGGUGCGUCGUCGUCGCGAAUGUCAGGCUUGUGGCGAGCGUUACACAACGUUUGAAACCGCCGAACUGGUGAUGCCGAGGUUGAUCAAACGUGACGGCAGCCGGGUGCCUUUUGAUGAUGCCAAGCUUAAGACCAGCUUAACUAAGGCGUUAGAAAAACGUCCGGUCAGCGUUGAUCAGAUUGAAACCGCCCUCACACAUAUAAAGACCCGCCUGCGCUCUACCGGCGAACGGGAGAUUCCUUCUCUGCAGGUGGGUGAAGAAGUGAUGCGGGAAUUGCGUGCUCUGGAUCCCGUGGCCUAUGUUCGAUUUGCUUCGGUCUACCGGGAUUUUCAGGAUGUCAGCGAGUUCACAGAAGAAAUUCGCAAGCUGGUGAAAGAGACGUGCCGCCUGACCUGCGCACCCAAUCCGCCUGUAGGGUGCAUCAUCGUUCGCAAUCAACAGAUUCUCGGCCGCGGUUAUCAUGUCCGCACCGGUGAGGGCCAUGCUGAGGUGAAUGCCAUAGCGGAUGCCGGUGGCGAUAUUCUUGGCGCUACGGUUUACGUGAGCCUGGAGCCCUGCGCCUUUGUGGGUCGCACCCCGGCGUGCGCGCAAACACUGAUUGAUGCGCAGGUGGCACGGGUCGUGAUUGCCGCCACCGACCCGCAUCCGCAGGUUGCAGGUGCGGGCAUCAGAAUGCUGCGAGCGGCUGGUAUCGAAGUCAAUCUACUGACCCAGGCAGCAGCCCUUGAUCUGAUUCAGGGUUAUGUGUCCAGAGAACUGUCAGGCAAACCGUUGGUCAGGUUGAAAACCGCCAGCAGCCUGGAUGGUGCUACCGCCCUGGCCAGCGGCGAAAGCCAGUGGAUUACCGGCGAAGCAGCCCGCCAGGAUGUGCAGUAUUGGCGGGCGCGCAGUGAUGCCAUUAUUACCGGCGUGCAAACUGUGAUUGAAGAUAAUCCGCAGCUGAAUGUUCGCGCACCACAAUAUCAGCAUGCCCGAGCACCCUUGCGGGUUGUGCUGGACUCUCGCCUGUCAACGCCGCCCCAGGCAACCGUGAUCACGGAUGGUGGCGCCACCCUGCUGGUGCAUAACGCCGGUGUAGAUGUGCCCGAACACCUGCAUAAUGCGCAUUCGGUAAGCUUAUUGGCGUUACCUGCAGGUCCGCAGGAUCUGAGCGCUGUGCUGCAGCACCUUGCCAGCCUGGGCUGUAACGAAGUGUUGGUGGAAGCCGGUGCCAAAGUCUGCGGUAGCUUUGUUGCGGCGCAGUUGUGGGAUGAAUGGAUAUGUUACGUAGCACCCAAAUGGUUAGGGGUCGCGAGUCAGCCGCUGGCGAAUUUUACAGUUGCGCUGAUCGUGGCGAAUAACAAAACCAACAUCUGGGCGCGGCGUAAAGCUCGGCGGGCACUGGUGCAGGCGACUUAUCAGUGGCAGCUGUCUGCCGGAAAUCUAUCUGACAUCAAGGCCGAAUUUUACGAUUCAGAUGCACUGAAGAAGGCCGAUGUUGAAUUUUUCAAUGAGCUGUUAACACAUGUGGUCUACCACCCGUCAGAACUGGAUGCGACUUACGCAGAGCUCCUGGAUCGCGCGGUAGACAAACUUGAUCAUGUGGAACGGGCGAUUCUGCGUCUUGCCGCGGCUGAGUUUAAACAUCGUAUAGAUGUGCCUUACCUGGUGGUUAUUGAUGAGUACGUGGAGCUGGCGAAAACCUUUGGCGCCACAGUGGUUCGCCAUCUCGCGGAUCGUGCACAAGGCCCCUGGGUCACCCUGGGUCCUGGUGAUGAUGCUGCGGUAAUGCAGCAAUCACCUGCCCACGAUGCGGUGGCUUCCAUCGAUACCCUGGUCGCCGAUGUACAUUUCCCCGCCAGUGCGCCUGCGUUUUAUAUCGGUUAUCGUGCCCUCAUGGUCAGCUUGUCAGAUCUGGCCGCAAUGGCUGCGCAGCCACGUUAUGUGCUGGUGGCGCUGACGCUGCCUGCGGCAGACGUCUCCUGGGUAGGUGAUCUGGCAAAAGGCAUGGCGGCGGCAGCUCGGGUGUGUGACACCUACAUCUGUGGUGGUAAUUUCGCCCGUGGUCCACUCAGCAUAACAGUUAGUGUGCAUGGUGAGGUACCAACAGGCAAAGCCGUCACCAGAGCAGGCGCACGGGUCGGUGAUCAGCUUUAUGUGAGCGGCCCGUUGGGCCUUGCGGCGGCUUGUGUGCGUAACCGGAAUUACCAGGUGCAGGACAAAUUGAAUGCCCUGCAGCGUGCCUACUUCAUGCCCGCGGCGCGCUUUGAUCUGUUGGCGGUAUUGCGAUCGAACGCCCACGCUGCCAUUGAUAUUUCUGACGGUCUGCUGGCGGAUGCGCGGCAUCUGGCUGAGGCAUCCGGCGUCGGUGUGAACAUCAAUUCAGCGGAUCUGAAACUUACUGAAGGUGUGUCGCUGGAAGAUGUCCUGAAUGGAGGAGAUGAUUAUCAACUACUCGCCACUGCAGGUGUGCCUUUGCCCGGCAUGAUGAACAUAGGCCAGAUCAACUCGGGUACCGGUGUGAGUCUGGACGGCGUUGUGUUGUGGGCCAGCGGUCUGGGGCUGGGGUUUUUGCGGCCCGCGCCCGGCACCUGGGGGUCAGCCGGCGCCGUUGUCGUCUGGUGGUUAUUCCUGGCUGAAUUUGAUCCGCUGAUCCAGUUGUCGAUCUGCGCGGCCUAUUUUAUCAGCGGCUGGGUUUGCAGCACGCUUGUGACGCGGACCUUCGGCAUUGAUGACGCUUCUGAAAUUGUGGCUGACGAGGUGGCUGGUAUGUGGCUUGCGCUGGCGUUUUUACCGCCAACAUGGUGGCUCGUGUUGCUUGCCUUCGGGCUGUUUCGCCUGCUCGAUAUCCUCAAACCCGGUCCUAUUGGCUGGCUUGACCGUGAGGUAAAAGGCGGCUUGGGCGUUAUGCUGGAUGAUCUGCUGGCAGGUGCGGUGGUGGCAAUUGUGUUGUACGUAUCAGCCGCUGCACCGGUAGAAGUGGUGGCGCUGUUUAAAGAUCGUGCGGUGGUACGAAUGGCGGGUGAACAGCAGAUGUUAAAAGUGGGUGAGACGUCGCCUGCUGGUGUGAAAUUGCUGCAGGCAGACACAGCUGGCGCUCGCGUAAGCUAUCGGGGGCAGGAAUAUCAGCUCAGUCUCACCGCUCGGGUCGCGGGGAGUUUUGCCAAGCCGACCUCGGAAUCUGUGCGCAUCAGCCGGGAUUCUGUUGGGCAGUACCGAAUGCGGGGUGCGCUCAAUGAUCAUAUGGUUGAUUUUCUUAUCGAUACGGGUGCUUCAGUGGUGGCGUUAAGUGAGCGGCAGGCACAACAGAUGGGGCUUAACUAUCAGUCCGGUCAGCGCGGCACAGUGCAGACCGCACAAGGUAACGCCAAUGCCUAUUUUCUGCUGUUAGAUCGAGUCACGCUGGGUGGCAUCACGCGAAACAAAGUGAGGGCCACGGUGAUUGAGGGUAUGUACCCGACGGAUGUGUUGUUGGGGAUGUCGUUUCUGAACUCCCUCAAUCUGAACGAUAACAAUGGAGUGUUAACCCUGACGGCCAGGUUCUAG